UCGAUCCAGCUCGACUGUCUGGAAAGUUCUCUGUUGCCUGUCAGGCUGCACAGCGUGAACUGGAAGCCGUUUCUCUUAACAACAGAUAUAACUGGGAUAUUGGUCAGCUUUUUAUCAACUCUGUCUGUCUAUUUCGUCUCCAAAUUCCAACAGCAAGAAAGGGGAGAGUUGAACAGACAGCGGGGGAGCUAAACGACGUCUUGCUGCGACUUGUGUUGACGUUAGUUGUUGCUUGCUGCAUUUGGCGUGGUUGGUAGCAAGUGUCAGUUAGUGCUGCGUUGUAGGGAUAGGGGGGAAUCUGACCUAAAACAACGAUGACUGCGGAGGAACAGACCGGCGAAGGGCAACACAUCAUCCCCACCGAGGGAGAAGACAUCACAUCAAAGAAAGAUGGAGGUGUUUUAAAGCUGGUGAAAAGGGAAGGUACAGGCGCAGAGCUCCCUAUGACUGGUGAUAAGGUGUUUGUCCAUUAUGUGGGUACUCUCUUGGAUGGGACACAUUUUGACUCAAGCAGGGACAGAGGGGAUACAUUUUCCUUUGAGCUGGGCAAAGGACAAGUAAUUAAGGCAUGGGACAUCGGAAUAGCUACAAUGAGAAUGGGAGAGCUGUGUCAGCUCAUCUGCAAGCCCGAGUAUGCUUAUGGAUCUGCAGGCAGCCCACCCAAGAUACCUCCCAACGCCACUCUUGUUUUUGAGGUGGAACUGUUUGAAUUUCGAGGGGAAGACAUAACGGAUGAUGAAGACGGAGGAAUCAUCCGGCGUAUCAUCACUAAAGGAGAGGGAUAUUCCAAGCCCAAUGAAGGAGCUGUUGUGGAAGUCUAUGUGCAGGGUACCUGUGGUGGACGUGUGUUUGACGAGAGAGAACUGAAGUUUGAGAUUGGGGAUGGAGAGAGUUUUGGCUUGCCCAGUGGUGUGGAGAAAGCCAUCAUGGCUAUGGAACAGGGAGAAGAGGCAUUCUUCACCAUGAAGCCUAAAUACGGCUUUGGGAAUGCUGGAAAUGAAAAGUAUGAUAUUCCCAGUGGAGCAACAUUGCAGUAUAAGAUUACGCUGACAGCCUUUGAGAAGGCUAAGGAGUCAUGGGAAAUGAACACAGCAGAAAAGCUGGAGCAAAGCGGUUUUGUCAAAGAGAAGGGAACACAGUGUUUUAAGGAGGGAAAAUACAAGCAGGCAUCUGUGCAGUACAAAAAGAUUGUUUCAUGGCUGGAGCACGAGUCCAGCUUGUCGGAUGAGGAUGAAAAGAAGGCAGUAGCCCUGCGACUGGCUGCACAUCUGAACCUGGCCAUGUGCUUCCUUAAAAUGCAUGAGCCAAGUAAAGCCUCGGAAAACUGCGACAAGGCACUGGAAAUGGACUCUACAAGCGAGAAGGCUUUGUUCCGUCGAGGAGAGGCGCUGUUCGAGAUAAAUGAAUUUGACAAGGCAAGAGAUGAUUUCCAGCGAGUUGUUCAGCUGUAUCCUUCCAACAAAGCUGCAAAGACUCAGGUGGUCCUGUGUCAGAAACGCAUUAAGGAGCAGCAUGAAAAGGACAAACGCAUCUAUGCCAACAUGUUCCAGAAAUUUGCAGAAAGGGAUUCAAAGAAAGAAGCAGAGAAGGUGAAACCUGAGGGCAAGGAGAACUGCCAGGACGCAAUGGAGGUUGAAAAGGAAACUCAGAGUGAAGCAAAAGCAUAGAUGAAGAUGCAACUAUUAUGGUUCAAUUGUACUUAAGACUUUUGUAACCGGCCAUUAGUGUUUAAGGUGUGAUUGUAUGUAUAUGUAUGUGAAUGAGAAUGAGUGUCACUGAGGGCGCCGACCUCGGGCGUGUCUUUGGCAUUUCGCUGUGUCCAUGCUCUUUGGUGUGGCAGCUAGCUGAGUGGGGCUUCCUCGGCUGACGGCACUGUGGGAAAUGGAUUUAUUUGGUGAAUUGUGUGCCAUGACCCCUGGUUUUGAACACUUUCAGCACACAACUCUGAAUUGUGCAUGUGAUUUUUGAAGAAACGUGGGUAGGGAAAAAAGUGCAUCCCAGUUAUUGAGUGCAGAGUUUUACAACCCAUCAAGGGCUCCGCCAUUUAUCCUGCACCAUUUCUAGUCCUGUAUUCUCAACUGUCCAUCCCAGCGUCCUCAUGGGCCUACUGAUCAAUUGUUGGAGCAAGGAUGACUGCACAGAACUGGUGUGGUUUGAAUGUUGCUGGCCUGUGUCCUUAAGUAUGUACGUAGCAGCACUGUGGAUUGGCAGCGUGAUGAAACGUUAGUCUGGAAUAGUUCCCCCACUUUGAUCUUCUCUCAGCAUAUUAUGGGGUUCCCUUAAAAUCCCUUGGGUACAGGACUGUUCACUUUUCCUUUAGAAAUAUUGAGUUUGUACUUUAGUUUUUUUCUAGUGUUGUGCUUGUGAUUACUGUAUUGUUUUCAACAAAAAUUUAUAAAGUAGAACUGAUUAAGCAACUGGAAUCUGUGCAUAAGCCCUUUGCAUUCUAGUCAGUGCCUACAGGGACAAAAGCUUGAGUAAUGUAAGAUAAGCUUUUUUUUUUUUAGUUUAUCUUUGUUGGGAAGUCACUGCGUGGUGUGUCCUGACAGAUUUACAAUAAACGGUUCACUACAAA